AUGGAGCUUACCCCAUACGAGAUUGAACUCUACGAGCCCCUCUACAGAGCUUUGGUAAACCAGGAGAAAGUUGAUUUGAUAAUUUUGAAGGGAUCCAAUUCCGGUAUCAACAAUGCUGAAGCAUUCAAACAGGCGGAGAAGCGAAUGCAAAAUUUAAACAAAGAAGUCAGUAUCAAUCAGAAACUUUUAUCAUCUUUUUCAACCAGAAAAACCGGUGCAAACAGUUUUUGUCGAGAGUGGUCAAACAAUGCAGCUUGGCUCACUCUUGCUGAGAAAAAGUGGAAAGCUAAGGAGCAAUUUGAGGCGUAUAGUCAUGGACAAGAUAUUCAAGAUGCGGUGGAGGAGGCAAAUGGAGUUUGCAUGGCAAAGAAGAAAAAACCGGCUGACAAGAUGAAGACUGACCUUCGAGCAGCUCUGAACAAAACCCUUGCAACUGCCCUUGGUGUUUCGGUGGAAGGUUGCAUAUUUCCAAAACAAAAAGAUCCGGUUUCUAUCUUACGCAAAAAACAUCCACACUUGAGGAUAGUCCUCUCCGAAGGUUCUCAGCUAAAGGCUGAAGAAUUAAUGGCUGGUUUUGAUGGCCUCCAAUUCCCCAAAAGAAAACAAUGGCUUGCCGACAUCAAAAGCGGAGCAUUCCAGAUUCUACCCAUUGAGAAUUAG